AUGGAUCAAGUGAUUAAGACAAUCAUGGGUCAUGCGAAAGAAUUGGUCCAAGCAACUCGAGGCACAUUGUUUCUAGUGGACUCAAAAAAGAAAGAGCUGUACUCGAGCAUUCUCGACAUGGGUGAUAUCAAUUCGCCCAAAUUUGUGGACACCGAAAAUGCCGAGAUCAGGUUAGUUUGA